CCCUUACCGUACCGGUACUCCAAAGCAGCUGCCUUCGGCUUCGGUGUCGUGUGAAAAAAUGGUGGAUCCUGGAGUAAGCUUCAGCAUUGAGACACAGUGGGAUGGAAGACUGGUAAACCAUCCCACUCCAGUCAGGCUCUCUAUGUCAAAGUCCAAAGAAGAUGGUGGGAUAAAUCUAGAAGUUGUGGCACCAUUCUAUAAUGAUCCUGCACCUCCAGGUCCUGCUGGUAAACCUCAGUCUGGACUCUGGGAUUAUGAAGUGGUGGAAGCCUUCUUUCUUGGAUCAGAUGAAACAUAUCUAGAGGUAGAACUUUGCCCGCAUGGUCAGCAUCUUGUAUUACGUCUCCACGGAGUGAGAAAUAUUAUUGAGGUGAGUGAAUGA